CCCAAAGUGUUUCAUUAAGUAAGAAAACGCGAAGACGAAAAGAAGAAGAAUUUCUCAAUCUCAUAGCAAGAUUUUAGGGGUGCCCAUUUCUUUUUUUAGUGCAAGUCCCCCACUUCGAUAUCAAAAGAGGAAAGUUCAAGGAUAACUAGCUUCAUCAGUUGAGGCUCUCCUUCUCCCUACUUACUGGAGAUUAUUUUGUUGGGAGCCGUGGUGGCGUCAAAUAUGCUUAAAUGGGGUCCUAGGAUAUGCUUUGGUUCACUGGAUCGCACUCUCCAGAAUUCCGUUUUGUCAAACUGGAUGCUCGCUGUAUCUGAUGUAAGCAAAUGGAAGGGAAUAUAUCGGCUGGAUAUAUGAUUCCAGGUUUACCUUACGGGGUUUUAGAUUUGCAAGGACCUAUGCAUGUUACUCAUCAACAACACCCACAAACCCUCCAUCAACAACACAACUCUCAUAAUCUUCAAGGAUCCAUGGUUGAUCCUCCAAUUUGUGAAAAUUUUCCCAUGUCAGUUGGAAACAUGCAUGAAUGUGAGCAACCCAUGGGGUUGAUGAAUUACAACAAAGGAGAUAAAGGGAAGAUUUGUACGAGUGAGGAGGACGAACAAAGCUUCAAUGAAGAUAGUAUUGAUGGGCAUAAUGAAGCUGGCAGAGGGAAGAAAGGAUCCCCAUGGCAGCGAAUGAAGUGGACAGAUAAAAUGGUGAGGCUUUUGAUAACUGUUGUUUCUUAUAUUGGAGAGGAUGCUGUUGGCGACUGCAGUAGUGGGGGAAGAAGAAAAUUUGCCAUUCUGCAAAAGAAAGGGAAGUGGAAGUCAGUAUCAAAAGUUAUGGCUGAGAGAGGAUGUUACGUGUCGCCUCAGCAGUCUGAGGAUAAGUUUAAUGACCUUAACAAAAGGUAUAAACGACUAACUGAUGUGCUUGGCAGGGGCACUUCUUGCAAAGUGGUUGAGAAUCCUGCACUUUUGGAUAUGAUGGAUCACCUCUCAGAGAAAGCUAAGGAGGAUGUUAAGAAAAUUCUGAGCUCAAAACAUUUAUUCUAUGAAGAAAUGUGUUCAUACCACAAUGGAAACCGCUUACAUCUACCUUCUGACCCAGCACUUCAAAGAUCCUUGCAGCUAGCUCUUAGAAGUAGAGAUGAUCAUGAUAGUCAUGAUUCAAGGAGGAAUUUACAAGAAGACUUUAAUGAUGAUGAUGAUCAAGAUGGGGAAGAGGAUCAUGAUGACGAAGCUGAUGAAAAUCACAAUUUACACGGGGAUCAGGCGAUGUUUGGGCUGCCAGGGUGUUUUCCGAAGAGAAUGAAACAAGGGCACGAGUAUGAGGAUGUAAGUUUUGGGAAUCCAUCAAAUUCGCAGGACUGCGGCAAAAGAUCUAAUUCUCAUAUGGUUAAUUCCCCUGUCGAUAUCAAUCAAGUGUUCCCCGAGGGUAGCAAAGGAUCUUGGAUACAAAAGCAAUGGGUGAUGUCUCGUUCACUUCAAUUGGAAGAACAGAAGUUACAUCUUCAGGUACAGACCCUAGAGUUGGAAAAACAGCGGUUCAAGUGGCAGAAGUUUCGUAGGAAGAAAGAUAGGGAGUUGGAUAAGCUCAGGAUGGAAAAUGAGAGGAUGAAGCUUGAAAAUGAGCGGAUGACACUAGAGUUGAAGCGCAAGGAGUUAGAGUCUAACUAUAACUGAAUGGCAUGGGUCAUCAUCGUAUACCUAGUACAUGCAGCACAACAUCAGAGUCAUAAUUAGGUUCAUAUCUCUGCAAAUAAGUUACAUUGGUAUCUUCACACACGAAAGUGAACUCUGAGGUGGUAUGAUUCCACAUUGGAACAACUUGUACAACUGUAAGUAAUGUAUGUUGAUACUAUUUAUUAUGUCAGCACGCCAAAGUGUGAAAGAGACUCGUGCCGCAACCAUCUGAACAAGGGGAUAUGAAACUGCACUUUAGCAAAGCACUAGCUAGCAGAAACACAUUUUACGGACAGUUCUGUGUAGGUUAUGCCAUUUUUGGACCUUGUUUUCUGGGUAUUUUACAACUAUCAUAUGCUUUGUUGUUAUUUAGCUUUGUUGUUAUUUAGCUUUGUUGUUAUUUAGUUUUCAUAAUAAUCAUAGUCAUCUGCUAAUGAAUAUCAUAUGGAAUUGGUCUUGGGACAAUUUUCUUGAGGGGGUGAUGUCAUCAACAUGUAGAUAACCCACAUAGUCCAGAAUUGUCAAUUUGUUCCUCGCUUGAAAGUCGCCCCAAAUGUAAUGGAUAAAAUUGGGAAUGAUAUUUUGGGGCUGAUGCAAUUAUAACAUAAUAUGGUCACUAUAUGUAUUUUUAUUAUUGGCCAGAGUGUCUUUUACAAUCGUCCAAGUUGUUAGUGGUUCAACCUAGCCGAUUACAUGAUAAACAACUUGAUCAAAUUUUUUGAAUUGGCUAGAUCAGAUCUGUUUGACCUAGAGAAUUUGAUUGUGUUUUAAUAUCACAUAGACAUUACGAUACUAAUUUAAUCAGAUGCGACAAAUAUAAGAUUAAUGGGGUAGUUUUCUUUUUCUUGGAAAGUAAAUGGGUUAGCUUUCAAAAUUUGCUAAUAGUUGAGACA